AUGGUCUCUGAAGGGGUUUUUUUAGUGUCCAUCAAUGGCAUGGCAGGCUACGUUGCUGGGCUGUCAGUCGCAGUCAAGCAAAUAAUGCCAGACCACGUACUGCUGCACACCCGCACCCCCCUAGGCAAGAUAUCGAACCGUCAUGUGCCGCUCUGUCUGUUUGUGACGGCCCUGUUGCUCUACUUGUGUAAUCUGCUGGAGGGCCUCUACACCACCAUGAUAGGCUGUGGCAUCGCAGUGUCGUGGGUAUACCUCCGAUUCUAUCAGGUACACUCCAAUGGCACGCGAGGAGACAUGGCCGAGACAUUUGCAUUUUCCUGCUUCUUCCCCACAGUCUUGCAGCCUCCAAUUCAAGUUGUUGGAAACUCUGUUUAUUCCUGUUUAGUGAGAAUAAAAGUAUGUAGAAGACCAGUUCGGAGGUAUGAUGUUGGCGCCCCCUCCUCCAUUGCCAUAUCUCUUCCUGGUAUGGAUCCUCAUGAUGCCGAAAGACGGAGACAAAAGGCGCUCCGUCUUCUAAGUGCUCGCCUAAACCAAGACAAAUCUGGAGGCGAGGGUGGGGGAGCUUGGCCAACACUAGAUGAUUCCCCUGGGUCAAGGACUCAGUCCCCGCUGCCCUCUUCCCACCCUCCAACACACACCACCCCACUUCCUCCUAAAUCUGGCAAGACUGUAACUAUUGCUCUACCUCCAGAAUCCUUAGAACUUCCAUCUACUCCGCUGGCUGUGCCAGUUAGUUCGUCCAGUAGCUCAUCUGGUACCAACUCUGAGGUGGCAACUGCCACAUUAGUAACUAUUGAGAAGGAAUCUACGCCAAAUACAUAACGUGUAAACCAUUGAUAGUUGUGCUUGGCCUUGAUUUUACUAGUUAUAAGAGUUGCCAACCUCUUUCUAAUAAUUCAGAAGAUUUAUAUGGUUAUGCUGAGUGGUCUGGAAUGUUAGCCUUUAGUGGAAUAAUAUGAUAAAGGAAAAUGGAAUGGUGUUCACAUGCAUCUGUGACAGGAAUGCAUUAGUUUUUGUAAGGUUUUGGAAUGGAAGUGAGGAGUGUUGCUGGAUACACUUAUGUGCAGGCUGUAGAGUAUUAAACUGAGGGCAACUGACAUAACCAUUAUCCUAUAUAUGUAUAUUGUAUAUAUUUAUAUACACAAAGGAUCACUUUGUCCUUUUAGUAUUUUUUUCUUAAAUAAUAUGCUGAGUUUUUAUGCAGAAAGCUUUCAGUUAUGAAGUCCAGUUUAAACGCACAAGAGCCCUGAAUAUGCUGCAGGUCAAUUCACUCUUGAGACUCCUUGUGAUUAGAGUAAUAUUUGAACCACUUAAGAAUGUUCUUAUUGCAUUAUGUAAUUGUAAGUGAAAGAAGCAUUUCAUAGUUAUUUUUACACUUGGAUACACAUAAUACUAGUUAACUAUUUCAGCCUGUAUAUAAGAUAGUGUUCACCUAAACUGUAACAAAUUCAGACUAAAAUAAUAUCAGAAAAUGUGAGUGAGUUACUCUAUUUUUUAUUUAAACUUAAUUUAACUGUUUGCUUUCCACCCGUUUAAUUUUGUCCUUUUUUUGGGUAAACAUAUUUUUGUUAUGUAUUACAUUUUUCUAGAUCAUUUUGUAGUCUUAAAUGUCAUAUGCUGCCUAGACUUUACUACAUGCUUUUGAAGAGUCUUAUAUAUCUUAAUCUAACCAUAAAUGACAAAAAACAUUCUAAGCUUUGUAAUUUGCCCCAAAAUAUAAGUCCAGUUGAAGAGCCUGUUGUAGUCUAGCAUAUCCCUCAUGCUUCUUCAAUUCAAGCCAGACAAUCCUGGCUUAGUUAAACCCAUCCCAGUCUAGUCCUGUUUAACCAUUAUCAUCAAAACCUCUAAAACUUUUACUUAGGUGAACUAGAUUUUUGUUUUAUAUAUCUUGUUAACUUGUUUGUAUGUAUAUAAAAUAUGAGAUUAAUAUCUGAAGUUUGUUGUAGCCUACUUGGAGGAAUACAGGACAUUGUUUCUUCACUUACAAGAGGCUGAGACAUGUCAUCUGUGGAGCAGCAAAGAUUGAUUCUCACCUGCAUGUUUGUAUUGUGUCACAGUAAUUGUCACUGAACUUUUGAUAAUGUUAUAGAGAGAGUAUUGGUGAGAAUAAGAACCGAGACUCUGGUCAUUUGCGACAGUGCCUUUUUUCCCAGUUUUGUCUCGUGGUUUACAAGAAAAAUAAAACCAAUAAAAAUUAAAUAAAA